GUUCUCCGUAUCCUUGGCGCUUGACGCAGCGAUGCGUGCCUAACGCGCGACACCUCUUGAAGCUCUCUCCAGCAAGCCCCCGAACCCACCACAUCAACACCUCUCACUUGGAUCGCCAAAUACUCUCUUCACUUCCAUCCUCGAGCUUCACAUACCAAAGAUGGACACACUCGUCACCCAGUACAGCCGCCCGGCGUUCGAAAACGAGGGCUACUCGCAGGAUGAACAACAGGAGCUAUCACAGGUUGCGCCGUCGCUGUCGCUGAAGUUUGCGCUACCUCCAGUAGCUCAGUCAUCAGCCUGGCUUCGAUCAAUGACGGACGACUUCUCCAACCCAAACUGCCCCAUCAAGAUCGCUCACGGCACGACCACCCUAGCAUUCAGGUUCAAGGGUGGCAUUAUCGUUGCGACGGACUCGAGAGCUACGGCUGGAAAUUGGAUAGCUAGUCAGACGGUGAAGAAGGUCAUUGAGAUCAACAACUGCUUGCUCGGAACCAUGGCUGGUGGUGCGGCUGACUGCCAAUACUGGCUGGCAUAUCUAGGCAUGCAGUGCCGUCUACACGAACUCCGACACAAGCGCCGUAUUUCCGUGGCCGCGGCCUCCAAGAUCCUCGCCAACUUAGUCUACUCGUACAAGGGGAUGGGCUUGAGCAUGGGCACCAUGUGUGCUGGUGUAACGCCCCAGGAAGGCCCAGCCCUCUACUACAUCGAUAGCGACGGCACACGCCUCGCUGGAAACCUCUUCUGCGUUGGCUCCGGUCAGACAUUUGCCUAUGGCGUGCUGGACGCUGAAUACAGCUACGAUCUGAGCGACGAGGCCGCGCUAGAGCUGGGCCGACGAAGCAUUCUCGCCGCCACCCACAGGGACGCCUACUCGGGAGGCUACAUCAACCUGUAUCAUGUGAAGGAGGAUGGAUGGGUCAAGCACGGCUUCAGCGAUACGAACCCGAUAUUCUGGAAGACGAAGCUGGAGAAGGGCGAGUUCUCCAAUGUCACUUCGGAGUUGGUUUGAGGGCAGUCUUAGCAUACAUGGACAAUGGAGCACUUUUGCGAACUAGAUGAGCAAGCAACGUGGAAUGGAGCAAUUGCUACUACUGUGUAGUUUCUACCUUAUUGUGAUAAUAGUUUCACGGGUAGGAGUUGGUAGCAAAUGAACUACUCCUUUAUGAGACCUUGUUCCCCUCGACGGCCAGGAUUUGAAUGCGGCAAAGCCCUAUUUCCAGAGUAACCCACCUGCAUCCCCAUUCCAAAACGCGCUGUAGCGUAUGUGAUAUCCGCGCAAUCAUUCAAACCCCCUCUGAUCAGCCCAGCGCCUUGGUCUUGCUCUCCUUCUGUAUCUUCAUAACAUUAAGCACAUCAGUCGCACUAUUCUUGUCCCCCUUUCUCUUCUUGGGACCGCGCUUCCUCUUCUUAUCACCCUUCUUUCCGUC